CAGAUCUGCUCCUGCAUCACCAAGCAGCCCUCCCGCAGCCCGGCAUGGCGAAGGCAGCCGGGGUGGUCUGUGCCGUCCUCCUCCUCACCACGCUGUGCUGCCAGAGCCUGGCUCAGAGAGCCCCAGCCAUGCCGGACAAGUGCUGCUUCAACUUCCAGACGAGAAGGAUCAAGAGAGACAACGUCGUUGCCUGCUACCGCACCAGCCCCGAGUGCCCACACCAGGCUGUGAUCUUCAGGGUGAGGAGCGGGAAGGAGAUCUGUGCCCAGGCGAGCAGGGCCUGGGUGAAGAAGUACCAGCAGAGCUUCCAAGUCAGCUCCUUCUCCAUCCCCAGCUAGCGGGGCGGCCGGAGGCAGCGCGAGGAGUCCCCUCCACGGGAGACGGGACACCGCAAAGGCGACCCCUUUUCAGAGGUGGCUGCGGGGACAUCACAUUUGGAUACAGCAGCUCAUCGGGGACAUCCUCCCCAUCACGCUGUGAUGACCCUCACCACCUCCCUGAAGGCAAAGGGCCUUUGCCAUCCCCGGCAUCCCACCGGGAUGGGGUGUGCCGACCCCACAGGGUGCUGGGGUCCGGAACCGCUGCCAGCCCCCAUGCUCUCAGCCCUGUUUUGCGUGCAGGCAGCUGCCUGUACCCCUCGCAGGCGGCAGCAGUGUAUUGGUGAGGCUGCACUCGCCAGCCUGGCAGUAGCAGAGGGGUUAAGGGGGAACAGCCUCAUGGUUAUUUUUUGUACAACAUACUGAACAGAAUUAAAUGUGAUCUCACACAUGCAAA